GAGGCACGGGGUUCCCUAGAAGAUGGGCGACUGGGGUUUCCUGGAGAAACUGCUGGACCAAGUCCAGGAGCACUCCACUGUGAUCGGGAAGAUCUGGCUCACCGUGCUCUUCAUCUUCCGCAUCCUCAUCCUGGGCUUGGCCGGGGAGUCCGUGUGGGGGGACGAGCAGUCGGAUUUCGUGUGCAACACCAAGCAGCCGGGCUGCACCAACGUCUGCUAUGACAAAGCCUUCCCCAUCUCCCACAUUCGCUACUGGGUGCUCCAGUUCCUCUUUGUCAGCACCCCAACCCUGAUUUACCUCGGCCACGUUAUCUAUCUCUCCCGGAAGGAGGAGAAGCUGAAGCAGCAGGAGAGCGAGCUUCGGGCUAUCCACAGCAAGGACCCAAAGAUCGAGCAGGCCCUGGCAGCCGUGGAGAAGAAGAUGUCCAAGAUCUACGUGACGGAGGACGGGCGGCUCAAGAUCCGAGGGGCGCUGAUGUGGACGUACAUCAUCAGCGUGAUCUGCAAGAGCAUCUUCGAGGCUGGCUUCCUCGUUGGGCAGUGGUACCUGUACGGCUUCUCCAUGGUGCCCCGCUACGUGUGCAAGAGGGACCCUUGCCCCCAUCAGGUGGACUGCUUCAUCUCCCGCCCCACUGAGAAGAGCAUCUUCAUCAUCUUCAUGCUGGUGAUGGGCCUGAUCUCCUUAAUCCUGAACCUCGUGGAGCUGUUCCACCUCUGCUGCAAGAACCUGCUUAGCAACAUCAAGAAGGUGUCGGGACCGGCUGGCCUGAGCCGGGACGCCUUUGCCGACGACGUGGUCGUGGGUCCCUACCCGCCCAAGCACUACCCCUUCCUGCCCAUGGCCGAGAGCCACACGCCACCCUACCAGGCCUACAACAAGCUCUCCAGCGAGCAGAACUGGGCCAUCUUCUGCAACGAGGAGAACCUGGCGCUGGGCAGUGGGCCCCUGUCAGACCCCUACGCCCCCAGGGCUGCCGAAGCCCCCGCCCCGGAGGAGAAGCUCUGCAGCCGGCCCGGGGGCUCA